CGCGGAAUCGCGAAUUUAUCUUCACAUCAAAGCAUUUCAUUUAGUUACUGCUGUUCAAUAUCCGACCGAGGCGGAGUAAAGUGGUUGUGAAGCAGUGAUUAUUAUUUCGCAUUUAAAAACAUGUCUCGCUACGAUGUGGUGGAGCAAGGACCUCCUAUUGAGGUCUUCCAAAUGAACAACUUGUUCCUCAACGAUUCUCACCAAAAUAAAGUUAAUUUAACUAUUGGCGCUUACAGGGAUGAGAAUGCAAAGCCAUGGGUCCUGCCGAUUGUGCGCAAGGUGGAGAAACAGAUGGCUGAGGACAGCACCCUGCUUCACGAGUACUUGCCCGUCUUGGGUCUGGAGGCGUUUACCAAUGCCUCUGUAGCCAUGCUGCUCGGACAAGACAACCCAGCCAUUGCUGAGGGCAGAGCGUUCGGCGUGCAGACGCUGUCGGGCACGGGCGGGCUGCGCAUCGGCGCCGAGUUCCUCAACAAGCAGCUGCACUACACCACCUUCUACUACUCCAACCCUACCUGGGAGAACCACCACCUGAUCUUCAUGAACUCGGGCUUCACCACCCCCCGCCAGUACCGCUACUGGGACGCCAAGAGCCGCAGCCUCGACAUCGAGGGUUUCCUGGAGGACCUGCGCAACGCUCCGGAGAACGCGGUGAUCAUCCUGCACGCCUGCGCGCACAACCCCACCGGCAUCGACCCCACCCGCGAGCAGUGGGAGCGCAUCGCCGAUGUUGUGCAGGAGCGCAAGUUGUUCCCGUUCUUCGACAGCGCGUACCAGGGCUUCGCGUCGGGCGACCUGGAUCGAGACGCGUGGGCCGUGCGCCGCUUCGUCGAGCGAGGGAUCGAGCUGGUCUGCGCGCAGUCGUAUGCCAAGAACUUUGGGCUCUACAACGAGCGCGUCGGCAACCUAACCUUCGUGCUGGCGAGCAGCAAGCAGGUGGCGCCGGUGAAGUCGCAGCUGACGUGGAUCGUGCGCGGGAUGUACUCCAACCCGCCCGCGCACGGCGCCCGCGUCGUCGCCACUGUGUUGAACAACCCCGCGCUGUUUGACGAGUGGAGAUCCAACAUUCAGAUGAUGUCCACGAGAGUCAUUCAGAUGAGAGAAGCACUUAGAGCAGAACUGAUCAAACUGGGCACGCCCGGCUCGUGGGACCACAUCGUGGCGCAGAUCGGGCUGUUCUCCUACACGGGGCUGACCCCCGCGCAGGCUGAGCGCCUGGUCCAGCACUACCACGUGUACUUGCUGCGCUCCGGGAGAAUCAACAUCUGCGGGCUCAACCCCGGGAACAUACAAUAUGUGGCCGCGGCCAUACACGACGCCGUGACGACUCUGCCCGCUGAGUGUAGCUGUUUCGAAGACACAAGUUGAACGAAGCUGCUGUUUUGAAAUAUUUAUACAUAAUAUAAUGUGCUAAGUAUAUGCAAUAUUUACGUGAGUGUUCAUUGUAACUUAGCCUAGACUUUUUGGUCGAAUCAUUUAAAAAGUAAGUUAGAUACAACAAUGAAAUAGUUUAUUUAUCACUCGUAUCUACGUAGAAAUGUAUUGAUAUGAUCAAUUAAUUUUAGUGAAAAUAUUUUAGGCUGUGGAGCUAAAUUUACUAUAAAAUUAUUUAGUUUAAAUAUUUGCCUGACACAAUGCGAUUACAAUUUUUAAAGUAAGUGAGCUUAUUAAUAUGUAAAUAAAAUAUAACAUUAAAAUAGUUGCUCAUCAGUAUUACAUGACCAAUAAUCAUGGUUCAUAUUUGUUACUACAUAUAAAGACUACUUAGAAAUCAUUUUAUUAACCAUUUUUGCUUGAUCUGUAUCAACAAUAAAUUGCUCACGUUGAAGACUAGAUUUUCGACCUACAUUUAGAAACAUUCUUUGAAAUUAUUGUUAUUCAUAAUCAUUAUACACAAUUUUAUUGCACUGUAAGAAAGUUAUGGCAAAUAUAUGUCUAUAUUUAAUAAA